AUGUCGGUCCUAUCAAUUCACGCAUCGCAACGUCUUGACUCCAGAGGCAAGCCUACUGUGCAGGUAGACUUGACCACUGUACAUGGAUCUUUUCGCGCCAUCGUACCGUCCGGGGCUUCCAAAGGAGACUACGAAGCCGUCGAGCUCCGUGAUGGUGACUACGAAGCCUUCCAGGGUAAUGGAGUGCUGAAGGCAUGCCAAAAUGUCGACAGCGUUCUUGGUCCACAAAUUGCGAAAAGCGGAUUGGAUCCCGCGUACGACUUGAAGAAAAUCGACGAGCUUAUGAUUCAACUCGAUGGGACCAAGGAUAAGAGCAAGCUUGGCGCGAAUGCGAUCUUGGGAAUUAGCAUGGCAGCUGCGAGGGCUGGAGCGGCGGCGAGAGGUCUUGAGCUGUACGAGUUCCUCGCAGGCGAGAGUGGCUUGCCUCAAGCCGACUAUGUGAUGCCCGUACCCUUCAUGAACGUCCUCAAUGGAGGAGACCACAGCGGGAACGCAAUGGCAUUCCAGGAAUUCAUGAUCGCUCCAGUCGGCGCUUCGUCCAUAACCCAGGCUGUGCAGUGGAACUCCGAGACCUAUGCAGCACUCAAGACCAUCAUAGAAGCAAAGUAUGGCAAAGCAGCGGUCGGUCUUGGUGACGAAGGCGGCUUUGCGCCUCCAAUCGAUCGUCCUGAGGACGCGUUGAGUCUACUUGUCGAGGCCAUCGCGAAAGCCGGUCAUCAAGACAAAAUCAAGAUUGGCAUCGAUCCAGCCUCUCAGUCCUUCUUCAAGAACGGGAAUUACAACCUCGGGUUCAAGACCGAUCAAGAUAACAAUCUGAGUGCUGCAAAUCUUGCGUCAUAUUACCGUCAAUUGCUCCACAGCUAUCCCGUCAUUCUGCUCGAGGAUCCCUUCGGCCAAGACGAUUGGGACGCCUUUGUCGACUUCAAUAAGGACUGUGGCGUAGAGCUCGUCGGAGAUGAUCUUCUGGCCACCAAUAUCGACCGCGUCAAGACUGCAGUCAAGAAGGAGGCUUGUAAUAGCAUGUUGUUGAAGGUCAACCAGAUAGGUACGGUGACAGAGGCUAUAGCUGCAGGGAAAGCAGCCUAUGCGGCGGGCUGGUCUGUGUUUGUGUCGCAUCGUUCAGGCGAGACAACAGAUGAUUUCAUAGCCGACCUGACCGUUGGGAUAAGGGCGGGGCACCUAAAGUCAGGUGCUCCUGCCCGAGGGGAGCGAGUCGCAAAAUAUAAUCGAUUGAUGGACAUUGAGGACAACUUGAGGUACCGUGAAAGGAACUUUUCUUACGCGGGCGAGAACUUUCGUUUCGCGUACACUUGA